AUGCGAGGGGUUGUCGUUCUUUCUUUGCUUUCCCUGGCGCUGGCGGACUUGACCGAAUCCAACCUGAACAAAUACACUGACGUGCUGGCACUUAGUCACUCCUUCAACCCUAUUAAGGAGGCCUACUGGACUGGGUACCCCCAUCAUCGACGAACUCCAUUCGCUGUCUCUCCCGAUGGAAAGUCGGCCUACGUUGCUUAUCUGGAUGCGAGCGAAACAGAUGUCCAUGUACAGCAAGUGGAUGUGAGUACCUUUGAAGCGACGGGAACAUCGGUUACGGUUUCCGGUGCCAAGGAAGCCGGUGGGCUUGUUGCCCAUAAUGAUGGUUUCGUUCUUUUGACGAAUGAGGCCAUGCCCUCUGGAACGAUAAAUGCACCCCCCAGCGAUACUCCAGUCCCCGUCUUGUAUCGAUACACAGAUGGGAAAGAGGCAUGGAAAACGUGGUUGGGCGGACCGGGUGUCCACGAGACGGACGGCCUUUCCGCAUCGCCCGAUCUCAACGGCGACCUGGCCUAUUCCAAGGAAGCGGGUCUUUAUGGCGCAUACUUUGUCGUUACCGAUUACUCUGGUGAUGCAGCAGGACAUUUCGGCGAUAGCAUCCAAUACGUCGCAGAGAAUGGCACUCUUGUCACAAUCGCGGGUGCCAGCAGUUCCUGGGGCUGUAGCCACAACACAGGCAUUGCCUUCGAAUCAGCCGAUGAGCCUCCCUUCGCAAGCAUCUGCGCUGAAGAUCAGGGAGCCAUCUGGCUGAAUACCAAAACACUGGGCAUGUCGAACGAUGGGGUGAAAAUCUCCAACGAGAAUACUACAAACGGGGCGUCGGGGGAACCCAUGGGAGGCAUGUCAGGAAGCUACAGUGCUCUGGCCCGGUUUGCAAAGAGCGGUAGGUAUAUCUUCGCCUGGGUCUCUCGGGGAGCAAUGGAUAUCUCGGAAAAUACGUGGAUGGGAAGUGGCUAUACCCAUUCCCAGAAUCGCACCAACAACCGAAAUGUCGCCAUCUCGUUGUUUUCCGAUAAGUACACUAAGGUCGGAGCGCAGGCGACUUCUAAAAUUGGGGCGGAAGAUGGCGAUAGUCAGAUAACCUGGCUGACGGAGGGCGAAAACGAUUGUUCGAAUGCGCACGCCGCGACAUUUGGAGACACCACCGCACUCGUGACUUGGGAGGAGAUCUCGGAUCCAACCUGCGACUUUGUGGCCAUGGGGUGCCGCGGACAGUUUGCUGGCACAUUCUUCCAGCAGGUUGAUUCUGACGGAAAGAAGGUUGGCAGCCCACUGAAAAGCACGAAUACCUAUGUUGCCGGCGACAUGGUGACGAUGGCGGAUGGCCGGAUCUGCUGGCCAUACGUGAACAUGAACUGGGACCUGUCGCAGGCUGUGUAUGCGCUGUCUUCUCCUGCCACCACCAAGAUGAGCUUUGCCUGUAUCAAUCUGACUGGGGCCUCUUCGAACAACAUAACACCUUCAAUGUCGCAUCGAUCGGUGCAGCACAAUCGCAUUCCGAAGUGGUCGCAGACAAUUGCGCGGCGACUAUGUAAGUCUGUUACAUUAUGGCAAUCUCGCAUUGCUGGGAAGAAGCGUUGGUCGUUGAAAAUUGUACAACUUGGGAGGGGUAACUAA